UGAGCGCGAGAGCGUUCUUGGUUGGUUCUGCCAAGACUAGCCAGCGGUCUUCGUUUAUCGCGUGCUGUGAUAUUCUGGAUCAAAGUUGGACAGUACGCUGUUGCCUCAACAUAUCAGUGGGCGAUUAUUUACACUUUGCGCUGGACAAACAUGUCAGUGGGCUACAUCUUCAACAAACUAAGAGGAAAUAAAAAUAGAUGCGUGGAAUACAGUGACGAAAUACAGUGAAGCGCGCGCAGUCUUGCCAUCGCGACAGCGUGUGGACUAUUCACUUGCGUAAAUAGUGUUAUUAAUGCAUCUGUGUUGGGGUUACGCGGGAGAAAAACGAGAGCUGUCAUUAUUUUUCUUGGUGAAUUCAUUUUUUCCCCCGUUUUUUCAGACCGUUGCGCUUUAGUGACACACGCAUGACCCAGGCACUCUCAGCUUUUCUUCAGCCGGCACCGGUUAUGGUUAUGCCAUGCCCCGCAACCACAGCGGAGAUGAAGGCGGCCCAGGGCUCUGGAUGAAGACUUCACCCAGGGGGAACUCCACCACCGAGGGCUACAGCUUGAAGGAUGUGGAGUCCGGCACCGGCAGAAGGAUUAUGAACCACAAGUCGAGAUCUGGGGACGGCUUGCUGUCAGCCGCGGCUGGCGCAGGUGCGAGCGGCUUGGAGAGCCACCGGGGGAAACAGGGUGCCCGUCUCAGCCUGCUGGGAAAGCCGCUGGUGUACAGCGCGCAGAGCGGCAGGAGGAACGUGCGCUAUCGGCGGCUGCAGAAUUAUCUCUACAACGUUCUGGAGAGACCCCGCGCUUGGGCUUUUGUAUACCACGCGUUUGUGUUCAUCCUGGUGUUUGGAUGCCUGAUCCUCUCUGUCCUCUCCACCAUCCCCGAACAACAGGAACUGGCCUCCCAUUGCCUCCUCAUCCUGGAGUUUGUGAUGAUCGUUGUGUUUGGUCUGGAGUACAUCAUCCGCAUCUGGUCUGCCGGUUGCUGCUGCCGCUACCGAGGAUGGCAGGGGCGGCUGCGCUUCGCCAGGAAGCCAUUUUGUGUUAUAGAUAUCAUCGUGCUGAUAGCUUCGGUGGCGGUGGUGUCGGCGGGUAGCCAGGGCAACAUCUUUGCCACCUCGGCCCUGCGCAGUCUUCGCUUCCUGCAGAUCCUGCGCAUGGUGCGCAUGGACCGACGCGGGGGCACCUGGAAACUGCUGGGCUCGGUGGUGUACGCGCACAGCAAGGAGCUGGUGACGGCGUGGUAUAUCGGUUUCCUGGUCCUCAUCUUCUCCUCCUUCCUGGUCUACCUGGUGGAGAAGGAGCUCAACACGGAGUUCGCCACCUACGCAGACGCACUCUGGUGGGGCACGAUCACUCUCACCACCAUCGGCUAUGGAGACAAGACUCCUAAGACGUGGACGGGCCGCAUGCUGUCGGCUGGCUUCGCUCUCCUGGGGAUCUCCUUUUUCGCCCUGCCAGCGGGUAUCCUUGGUUCCGGCUUCGCCCUGAAGGUGCAGGAGCAGCAUCGCCAGAAGCACUUUGAGAAGAGGAGGAACCCAGCAGCCUGCCUCAUUCAGUGUGUGUGGCGUAGCUAUGCGGCUGAUGAGAACUCGGUUUCCGUUGCAACCUGGAAGCCUCAUUUAAAGGCGUUGCAUACCUGCAGUCCUACAAAGAAGGAGCAGGGCGAGUCUACAACCAGUAAGGUGAUUAGGGGCAAAGUGAAGGUGCUGAAGAGAUAUGUGCGAAUCAGGCGCAGCAGUCAGAAGAUGAGCUUCAAGGACCGCGUGCGUAUGGCGAGCCCACGGGGCCAGAGCAUCAAAAGUCGCGGGGCCUCGGUGACGACGGACCGUCGUUCCCCCGGCGCGGAGAUCUCCUCUGGGGACUGCCCCUCCUCCAGCAGCCCCGCCAAGGUGCAGAAGAGCUGGAGCUUCAACGACCGCACGCGCUUCCGGCCCUCGCUGCGCCUCAAGAGCCAAUCGCGCGCCCCGGCCGAAGGUGACUCUACCAUGGCAGGAGACGAGGCAUCGGACGAGAGGAGCUGCCACUGUGACAUCUCGGCUGAGGACCUGCUCCCCUCCAUCAAGUGUGUCAUCCGAGCCGUCAGGAUUAUGAAGUUCCACGUGGCCAAGAAGAAGUUUAAGGAGACUCUGCGUCCGUACGACGUGAAGGACGUGAUCGAGCAAUACUCGGCAGGUCACCUGGACAUGCUGUGCCGAAUCAAGAGCCUGCAGACACGAGUGGACCAGAUCCUGGGCCGGGGCCAGAUCACCCUGGAUAAGAAGGUCCGGGAGAAGCUGCUGUCUGAUGGGGACCUGCUGGAGGACGUCAGCAUGCUGGGACGCGUCUGUAAGGUGGAGAGGCAGGUCCAGUCCAUCGAGUCCAAGCUGGACUCCCUGCUGGACAUCUACCGGCAGGUCCUGACGAAGGGCUCGUCCUCCUCGUCCUCCUCGGCGGCGGCCCUCACCCUCUCCUCGCUGCCCCUCUUCGAGUUCGAGCCCUCCUCCUCCACCUCCUCCGGCUACCCCAGCUCCAUCCUCAGCAAGGACCUCUCCACCUCCUCCUCCUCUGCUGGGGGACAGGGCCAGGUGCCCCGCUCCGCCAGCUCCAGUCUCCACCACCACCGGGGGCUGCACAUCAUCCUGGCGCCCAACGAGCUCAACCUGAACCUGGGUAACUCCCCAGCCAGCCAGGGCCAGAGCCCCAUGCCCAGCCCGGGGCCCUUCAGCCCCCAGCCGCCCACCCCGGAUAGCGUGCUGGGGGGCACCACGCCACCCCCGCUCACACCCGGAGGCCUGUCCUCCAUGAUGGGUGGUCACUCACGGUUCUCCAGCCUGGGUCGGCCUCCUCCACAUCCAUCCUCCUUCCCUGGUGGUGUUGGUGGUGGUGGUGGUGGGGGUAACAGUGUCAUCGCCAACAACAUGAUGCCGCUCCCGGCGGUGCCUCCACCACCACCGUCCCCUUCUGUGGUUUCAUCCCACACCCCUUUGCUCUCCCACAGGGCAGGCAGGAGGGAGGCAGGCUCCCCUGGUGGUGGCGGAGACUUCUCCCCACCCUUCCUGAUGGGGGUGCGGGAGGAAGCGGAGGAGAGCCUGGUGGGAAACACCACCACCACCACCACCACCAACUCAGGGCAGCAGGCCAGGCCCCCUUUGACCACCACCCAACACCACCACCACCAGCAUCAAAACCCCCACCAGCACCCCCAUCACCAGCAACAGCAGCAACAACAACAAACAUCCAGGGGCAGGCUGAACGCCAAAGAGGACGGCUCCUGGAGGAGACAGAUGAGCCUGGAGAUGGACCCCCUGGUGCCCGUGCCGAGGAGGCCCGUCUCUGGGGACCUGGGCCUUGGCAAGUCCCUGUCCGUGCAGGACCUCCUUGGGGACUCUGAUACGGGACCGGAGGUGGACGGCCAUGGUAGCCGUGGUGGUUGUGGUGGUCGUGGUCACCACCCUGGCUUGUCGUCCUCCUCGUCCUCCUCAGGGAGUGGGGACGAUUGCAGCACAGGCGGUGGGCUGGGGGAUGCCAUUUGUGGAAGGGGUGGAGGAGGUGGAGGUGGAAGUGGAGCUGGAGGUUGGGGAGAAGCAGAUCUCUUCAUCAGUGAUAAGGACCUGGAGAUGCCCCAAGGCCAGACGUUUGACUUUCUGUCGCCGGGGACGACGCAGGAGGCCACAUUCUCCUCGGAGCUGCUGAGGGCGAGCGGAGUUAACCCUUCGGGCUCUCCCUCGUUCGAGCUAGGGGUCAAGGGGGGGUCGCGGAGGGGGGAGCUCGGGGGUUCCCCUCCUCGUGGAAGUGAAGAGUCUGUUAACAUGCCUCCACACGUGCGGCUAAAAUAAUAAUAAUAUUACCGGUAAUAAUAAUAAAAAAUGAGCACAAACGUUGCGAUCUGGCCGGCUGGCCACCAUCUGAACAGAAAUGAUUUUUUUUUUUUUUAAAUUAAUUUUACUGUUCUUUCCUUUUUUGAAAAAUAAAAAAACAAGGUUAGGAAAUUGUUUCUUAAAACAAUGUGACAACCAAUCUUUGAUAGACAUUUUUUUCCCUUUUUCUGAUUUUCUGAUGAACUGUUUUAGUAUUUUCAGAAGAAAGGACAAGAAUGCAGUACCUCUACACUUGAUACUUUUGCAUGAGUUUCUUUGUAAGAAACUAUACAUGUAUUUGAUGCACUCGUGGGCAGAGGGACUAGAGUCUUUUUGUUCGUUUGUUUUUUUUUUGUAACAGAGACUGAACUUUGAACUCUGAACUUUGUGAGAACCUCAUUUCAAAUAGCCAUCAAGCCAUGACCUCGUCACUGCAUGAACCUGUGCAUGGGAUCCUACAGACUCCAGCAUGAUGUUUCAUUCAAACAUAAAAACCAACGUUUCUACAACGUUCACAAAACCAACCAACCACAGCACGGCAGAAUGAUGAUGACAUCAUGGCACCAUGGUACUCUGGGAAGACACCAAGUACUGUACCGUAUGUGUGGAGGGGACCAUGUUGGGUUUUUUUGCACAUGUGAACUGUAUGCUAUGUACAAAAACAAAUCGCAUUACGUUACACUUUACAAAGUGCCGGACACGAUGGAAUUACAUCUCUGCAAAAUACUGUAUUGUACAGUUUUGAUAAGCAAAUCUAACCAUGUAGACACAGUGAAGGAACUUUUCGCAACACUCUCACAGGUUGACUGUUGCGGAGCCUGUGCAUGUCUUGUCUUUUUCAAAGUCAAACGAAUGUUUCCCCCUCAUAACCGAAACAUGCAACUUCCAACCCCUCCCCUUCUUUAGCUGUAUUAUUACACCCGAAAACACAGAAGGAUGUAGUAUAAUAACAAAUAUAGUGAUGGUAGUUCCUUUAAAUGCUGCUUGUUACUAAUGAAACUUAGAGGAAAUGACAUGAAACCCUGAUAGACAUAUCUACUUCCUCCAAUAACCAAUUUUACUCAAGGUGACUCAUUAUUAAUAUUUACCUCCUUGACUCUGAUCCAGAACAAGAACUUUUAGCAUCUCGAGGAACAGUGAUGUUGUAUGCACUUGCCUUAGAACGUUGAGCAUAGACGAACAAACCUGAACUCUACUGCUUAGCAAAGUGGGCAUACAUUGUGCGAUAUUUUCAGUUGUGGGUAUUAAGCUCCUGCCCACACUGCAGGAGGGAAUCUUACAGGUUAAAUGUUCACAUCUCACAACUCACGGCCUCCCACUAUAUGAGCCGAAGGUCGGAUGCGAGCAGAAUUCUCACACUGUACCACACCACAUGCUUGUAUUCCGGAACUGCAGAUGACAAAAAAGCAGAAGGGAAACACGCACCUGAGGUGCAGACGAGGCAAUUUGUAGUAGUCUCAAAUUGGGUCGUAGCACUGCUUCAACUGUGCGAUUUACUCACAAGGGGCGACC